ACUAUAAAAUUGGAACUUGCAAACCAAAUUACUCCAUAAAAUAUCUUGCAUUUCUCAAUUAAGAACUCGCCAUCUCAGGUGGAGUUCUCCGGCAAUCGAACGUCGUCUCUUCCGUUUUCCGUAGAAUGGGUAUUAGUGAAAAAAGGAUGGAGAUGAAACAGCAGUUAGAGUGGAAUGAAGCUCAGAAGACUCUGAUAACUGUGGACCUUGUUGCUGCAGCUAAAGAGCAGCUCAAGUUUCUUGCUACCGUGGAUAGAAACCGUUGGCUGUAUGAAGGCCGUGGCCUGGAUAAAGCCAUUCAUAGGUACUACUCAUGUUGGCUACCACUGUUGGCAAAACACUCUGAGUCCCCCUACUUUGACGGACCCUUGGUUGUUCCUUUGGAUUGUGAAUGGAUUUGGCAUUGUCACAGGCUCAAUCCCGUUAGAUACAAGACUGACUGUGAGAAAUUAUAUGGGAGAAUUCUUGACAACCAUGAUGUUGUAUCUUCUGUGAAUGCGAAAUCAAAACAGGAUACCGAAGAACUGUGGGAACACUUGUAUACAAAUGAGCCUUAUGAUUUGGACUCAGCUAGAGCUCUUUCAGAAGAUGUCCAUGCAAAAGCUAUACAAGCUGAAAAGUACAGUGAUUAUGAUCUAGUCUCUGCUGUUACACGGCAAAGCCCAUUCUUUUACCAGGUGUCUAGACCACACAUAAACAACGAUCUCUAUCUUGAAGGUGCUGUGGCUCGAUACAAGGGUUUCUUACAUCUGAUCCGGAGAAACAAAGAAAGAUCGAUGAAGAGCUUCACUGUUCCAACUUAUGACAUAGACCUUAUCUGGCAUACUCACCAGUUACAUCCUGCUUCUUAUUGCAAAGACCUUGUUGACAUUAUGGGUAAGGUUUUAGAACAUGAUGACACUGACUCAGAUCGAACAAAAGGGAAAAAGUUGGAUACUGGCUUUUCUCGCACUACAAAGCAGUGGGAAGAAACAUAUGGUUUAAGAUAUUGGAGGGCAGGUGCAAUGUAUAGAGGCAGUUCACCAUCUCCUCUUGGGAAUUCUUAUUACCCCUCCAACCCUGUACGCAAGAACACAGAUAUUUUCCAUGAGCACCAAAAGAUAAUGCAGUAUCCUGAGAUGGAAGCAGUAGAAGUUAUGUUAGAGCUUGUAGAUAUCAGAAACUUACCAGAAGGACACAAGGGAAGCUUCUUUGUCUCAUUUAGCAAGACUCAGCCUGAUAGAAUCUUCAAUGCAAAGAGAAAACUUACUAUUUUGUCCGUCACUGGGGAAAAACAGGUUGCUUAUUUCCAAUGUGAACCUAAUGGGCAUCUUCUUUUUGAUCUCAUGUCCUGCUCAUCGUCUGGUUUGCCUAUUCCGAAAUCUGUUAAAUCUGUGGGUUCUGUUAAAGUCUCUUUAGAAGAUUUGGUUUGCCCGACUUCAAAACUUACAAUGGAAAAGUGGUUGGAAGUUGUGCCAAGCUCUAAAAUUGAAACACUAAAGCCAAUCUGUUUACGAGUAGCUAUCUCAGUUACAACACCUACUGCAGCACCAUAUGUCUUUCACUUUGUCCGUCCUCGAGCAUUCUCCAAAAAUUCUUGCUUAUUCCCACUUCCUGGAAGGAUUCAGCAUGCUAAGAAUUGGACUCGUGUCAUUGAUGAUGCUGGUGAUGAGGUCAUUAGCCUUCAAAUGAGGGACUCGAAGAAAUCCAAGGGGGAAACUGAUUCUACAUUGCACAAAGAGGUAGUUGCCGUCAGCAAGUCUAGCGAGGUACAUUCUCUUGCUGAGUUAGUAGGGAAAGAGUGGUUGCUGUUAGAUGCUCAGUGGUCUCUUCAACUUCAAACAUCCAGCAGUGAUGAUGGCCACCUUUUUGAGUUGGCUGGUCAGAGGAAUUUCCCACACUCAUAUUUUGUCCAGGUGAAAUUCUUCCCUGGUCAGAGGCUGGAUUAUGAGCACAAGCAUUGUACAAAGCAAAGGAGUCAAGAUGAUUUUAUGACAGCGGUAGAGUUCUCUGCACAGGAUCCUUAUGGAAAGGCAGUGGCGUUGGUUGACUUGAAAUUUGGAGUUAUCAAUGUGAAAGAGGAGUGGUUUCUUUUGCCUGGUUCUAUAACAGCUUUUGUACUUUGUGAUACGUUGAAGAAGGAAGGGUAUAGUAGCCUGGUAGGCAGUGCCAAACAUUCGAAAGAGAAGAAUUUUUCCAUUCAAGAAACUGAUGUGUGCCAUGAAGAGGACAACAGAGCUAAUCUGGAAUCUGAGACAGAGAAGGGGGUGAAGUUGGACCUGGAGGCUACCAAAGGAAGCAUUGUAGCACCCGCAAAUGAAGCAAUCAGUGGAGGCUGCGGUAAUCUUAUGAAGAGGGGAGCCUGUGGCAGUUGUGGUGCUGUUUGUGGAAACAAACUAAAGAGUGGUGGUUGUGGUGGGUGCGGAAGUGGUGGUUGUGGAAGUAUGUUAGAAAGCAGUGGCUGUGGCAGUGGCUGUGGCAGCGGCUGUGGUGGUGGUGGUUGUGGAAGUAUGUUAGAAAGCGGCGGCUGUGGUGGCAGCGGUUGUGGAGGCUGUGGUGGUGGUGGUUGUGGAAGUAUGUUAGAAAGCGGUGGCUGUGGAGGUUGUGGUGGUGGUGGCUGUGGAAAUAGGUUAGAAAGCAGCGGCUGUGGAGGUUGUGGUGGUGGUGGCUGUGGAAAUAGGUUAGAAAGUGGCGGCUGUGGAGGUUGUGGUGGUGGUGGUUGUGGAGGGAAUAGUUUGAAAAGCAGUGGUUGUGGCGGCUGUGGUGGCGGUGGAUGUGGUAAUGGUUUGGCAUCUAUCACAACUGUUGAAGUUAAUGCAUAAAUGACAUCCCAAAAGAGGGUAAUAAUAAAAGUUAUCAUGCUUUUUAUGUUUGUUGAACCCUGUUCAGAUUACAACACUAAGCUCUUGAUGAGACUCGUGUGUCUUGUAAUUAGGAUUUCAACUGUUGGAAAUGUUUGUUGUAUUAUUAUGAAUGUAAAAAGGAAAUAAUGUGUCAAGAAUGAAUGCAUUAUAUGUUGUUCUAUUGACAGGUUUGUGUGUGUGAAGUAGUACUAUUAUGGAAUAAUGCAAUGGAGUGCCGUUUGAGCAUCUUUUCAAUGCUUGAUAAA